AUGGAGGAAAAAGAGGAGAUACUCAAGAAAGUUCAUACAGAACGCCAGGAGGUAAAGAAGCUCAAUCAGGAGUUGAAAAUUAAACAAGAAGAUAUAGAUACGUUAAAGCAAACAGUAGCCGAUCAAAAGAAGAAAAUUGAAGCUUUGGAGAAACAAGUUAUGGAUUUGAAGAGUACAUUCACUCAUAGAUUCGAAUUACUCGAGGUUAACCAAAAGAAAUACUCAGAAGACAAUCGACAUCUCAGAGCAAAAGUUGAAGCUUUAGAAGACUUAAUUGAGAUUCAAAAUCAAGAGAAUGAAGAAGUUAGAGUCAGCAAUGUUGCAAAUAUAUCAACUUUUAAUCAACUAAUAUAUCAACGAAUAAAUAAUAGAUUCUCACAGACCACUCUAUGUGAACCUAACAACUGUAGUAGUCUAUCAUCGAACGACACAACGGACAUCAAAGACAUCAAUAUCGAAAACAUCUUUAAUAACAACUACAGAAAUACAUUCAAUAAUCAUAAUAGUAACAAAUAUAAAAAGAAUAAACAUAUCAAUAGUAGCAACAGUCAUAAUAAUAAUAAUAAUAAUAAUAAUAAUAACAAUAAUAAUAAUAACAGUAAAAAAAGUACAAAUGAAACAAUAUAUGAUAGCAAUAAAAAGUUAAUACAAUCUUUACACAAUAGUAAUAAUAAUAAUAAUAGUAAGAAAUCGAUUCAAAAGAAAAAGAGAAAUAAUACUAUUUUUGCAGAUUUAAUAAGUACUAGCAGCAGUAGUAGCAGUAGUAGUAGUGAUAAUGGUAUCGGUAUCGAUGAAUCAAAUAGAGUCACUGAUGACGAUAUAGAUUUUGAAAGUUUCUACCGGAUGGGUGAAAGACACAAGAGUCAUUCAGCUGGAACACUUAGAAGUGGUAGUAUGAGUAGUGGUACUGCAAAUGGUCAUAAAUCACCAUCAACUAUAUUAAAACAACAACAACAACAACAACAACAACAACAACAACAACAACAACAACAACAACAACAACAACAACAACAACAACAACAACAACAACAACAAAGAGUAAAUACAACACCUAGUUCAUCACCAUCGUCAUUAUCAUUAUCAUUAAAACUAGAUAAUCACAAUCAAAAUCAACAAUCACCUAAACCUCAGCAUUCUCAACAACAACAACAACAACAAUCUUCAACAUCAUCAACAACAACAACAACAACAACAUCACAAAAUGAUAUAUCAAAUAUUUUACAAUCCAAUUUAAACAAAGGAAAAAAAUAUAAUAUUUCAUUUGAACAACUCCCUCCUACUCUGAGAAACAGUGGAGAGCAAACCGAUACUGUCGACGUUCGUGUAAAGUCACCCGCUAGCUCUGUGGACUUGAAUAAUCUUGAUAUGAAUUUGAAGUCGUCGAUGGGUGGUGUUGGUGCUGCUUCUGGUCUGGCAACGAGUACAAACAGUCUGAGCAUGUCGUCUCCAUCGCUAAGAAAGACAGUGUUGCUCAACGAGGAGAUCAUUUACCUCUUUUGGAAUCGUUCCAUUCACAAUACCAUCAAGGGAAUAGAGACGGGUGCACUCCUCUGUGGCAAAGACGAAAAGACACACUUUAUCAUCACAGAGCUACUGUUUCCCAAUCAGACUGUGUUCCUGUCGUCGGUGGACAUCCACAACCAAUAUGCCUAUCAAACGCAACUCAAAGAAUCGAUUGCAAUCGUCGUCAGUCCAAAGCCAACACCCAACUACGAUGUCUACUCCAUUCGUGCAGAGGGAAUGGAGGUAAUUGGCCGAUGUAAACUGAGAGGAUUUCAUCCACACGACAAUCCAGAGAGAAUCUAUGGCUCUGCAAAACAUGUCCAAGUUAUCAAACAGGAGAUCAACAAUCAUAAUAUAAAUAUCAGUAAUAACAAUCAAUCAUCUCAAUCUCUUCAGUCUCCACAAUCUCAACAACAACAACAACAAUCAAAACAACAUCAACAAGAGCAACAACAACAGCAAGAUCAAUCUUUAAUUAUUACAAUUAAAGAUUUCCGUUCAUCUAGUUAUUUAAAUAGCUAUACAGAUCUUACAUCUAUUCAAUUUUCUAGAACUUCCAACAUGGUGGAUUAA